AUGAAAGGACUCAAGGAUCUACAUAAUUUGGAGAUCCCACGAUGGAUUGGAUAUUCAAAACCUUCCGUCGUUUACGCAGAAAUUUACGUGUUCGGCGAUGCAUCAGAGGCAGCCUACGGAGCAGUAGCCUACGCACGGCUCCAACUGGAGAACGGAACUCCUUACACCAUUCUCCUAGCCAGCAAAACGAGAGUGGCGCCUCUUCCAAAAAAGAAAGUAACGUUACCCAGACUCGAACUACUAAGCUCUUUGUUAGCAAUCCGUUUAGGAGAAAAAAUUCGAACCUCCCUUCACACCGAGUCAUGGAAAACGACUUACUGGACAGACUCCCUCGUCACACUUGGAUGGAUUAGAGGAGAUCCUUUUCGUUGGAGACCGUUCGUGCGAAACCAAGUGGAAACCAUCAGAAAAUUCUCCAACGCGGAAUGGCGGAGACAUUGCCCCGGAUUGGAGAAUCCAGCCGAUCUCGCUUCGCGGGGAGCGCCAGCGCAUGCGCUGGUGGAAUCGAAACUUUGGUGGCACGGACCAACCUGGCUAACAGAAGAAGAAAGCGAAUGGUUGAAUUCUCCAGAAAACCAUUCCACCGAAACUCAAGAGAAAAUCGAGGAAGAGGUCACGAAGAAAACGGCGACCGUCUCCUUUGCAGUGGUCGAAACCGCCCAGCCAAUUGAAUGGCACCUCGAAAAAAUCUCUAUAUGGACAAAACUACUUUUCAGAACAGCCUGGAUCAACAGAGCGCUCAACCGUAUGAAGAAAAGAACGCGCGGCCCAGGACUCGAACUAAAAGAAAUAAUCACAGUCGCCGGAAAAGAAAUUACAAUCGACAAGAUAGUCACCGAAGAGCUGAACGAAGCGGAGCUAGCCAUCUGCAGACACCUCCAAGUAGAACGCUAUCCCAAAGCCUUUUGGACACUCCAGCUCGGACUGCAGAUUCAACCAAAGGAGAAAAUCACAUCGCUCCGACCGGUCUGGGACAAUCGAGAUCGACUCAUCCGAGUCACUGGAAGAGUGGCGCUCGCCCUCAGGGAUCGAGACAUUCAACCACCGAUCCUUCUCCCAGCAAACCAUCCUGUCGUAACAAUGUUGAUAACUAACAAACAUGUAUUUAAUUCACACACAAGAGUAAAAACGACACUGUCAGAACUGAAAGAAAAAUAUUGGAUCGUGAAGGGCCGCCAACAAGUGAGAAACGUUUUGUACGCCUGUGUGAAGUGCAAGAAGCUGACUUCACCUCCUUUCCGACAAAUAGCAGCACCGCUACCAGCCAACCGACUCCGCGAUGCCAGGGCAUUCGAAAUAACCGGAACCGAUUUCGCUGGACCGCUGUACUACAAAAACGCGACUCCGAAAAGGAAAUCCAAGUCGGCGCCAUCCGUCGAACAAGUCAUUCCGGAACCUCCACCAGAAGAAGAGAACCCGGAUGCAGCGGAGCUUCCCACCGAAGAAGCUCCCGAAGAAGAAGACGAUGGUGACCAACUGGAUCCAGCGCACCAAAUCAACAAAAAGCAACCGAAAAGUUACGUGUGCAUCUUUAUUUGUGCCGUGACGAGAGCGAUUCAUCUGGAGUUGACCAAAGACAUGACGGCUCGCUCCUUAGCUCCUCUGUUAGCUUUCCGUCAAUUCUCCGCCAGAAGAGGCCCAGUGUCAGUGAUGUACAGUGAAAAUGCCCAAACUUUCCGUUGUGCGUCUCGUUAUCUUAAAAACAUUCGAUCCGACCCAUCCGUUCACGACCUCCUUGCCAUGAGAAGAACCAGCUGGAUCUUCUCCGUUAGCCUCGCUCCAUGGUGGGGCGGAUUCUGGGAGAGAAUGGUGAGGAUCACGAAAGAUCUAUUGAGACGAUCCAACGGGCGUGCAUGUCUCGCGUAUGACGAACUGGAAGUGAGUUUAAUCGAAACGGAAAGUGUGAUUAACGCGAGACCGUUGAACUACAUUGGAGAAGGAGCGGACGAUCCGCUCUCGAUUACUCCGAAUCAGUUUCUCAACAAUCGUCGUUCAACUUGUGCUACGGCGGAGCCAGCAGUCAAUCUAUUGGCUCCCGAUUCAACAAGUGAACUACUCAAGAAAAUGGAUCAGAACAGGCGUGAUUACGUCAGUGACUUGUGCUCGCGGUUCGUUUCCGAUUACCUGAUGCAGCUGGAUAAUUUCCACGCAAAAGGAGCGUCGGGCAGAAAAAUCCGCGUCGGAGAAGUCGUCGUAAUCCACGACAAACUUUCCAAACGGCUCAUGUGGGAGACGGGAGUAGUUAAAGAAUUACUCCCCAGCUGCGACGGCCUAGUCCGAUCCGCAAUAGUUAAAUUCCCAAACGGUGAAUUAUUAACCCGAGCCAUUCAAUGUUUAUAUCCCGUAGAACUGAGAGAAGAUCAACCGGAAGAUAUGGAGAUCGCAGACGGUGCAUUGAAUCCGGAGCCAGCUGAAGCAACUGCUCCGCAAUUUCCAAAUCCACCUGAUCCGGCUCCACUCCCAUUGCUUCCGAUCGAUCCAACUGACGUCGAAGAAGAUGAUCAUGUGGCCAAUGCGGCCGCUACUGACGUCGGCGAGGUCGAGUCCCAAGGCAUGGGCUCUGGUGGGGAGUAUGUUGGAAACGAAAGACGUCCCCAACGGCCGACGACGAGAUCCGGCCGGACAACCAGGAUUCCGGCCCAUUUACGGGAAUACGAUCUUCGGGGCCCCAGAUAG